UACUUUCCGCGAUAUUUUGGAGCCAAAUCGAUGUUCGGGCGCGCUGCCUGCCUGGCAGAGUCUGCUUGCAGGACAUGGCUCCGUUGAUAUAAGUCGCAGGUAAUCAUCGCAAUGUCAAGUAAUGUAUCGUAAACAUGGAUCAACCCAAGCAAAAACAGGGCCAACCCUCCGCUCAGGCCGUCCAUCAUGAGGCUCGAUCAGUUGAGAACAGUGCAGCCUACCUUAUUCCGAAACUCGAAGCAGCAAAAGAGAAGAAACCAAAUCUCACCAUGCUCGACGUGGGCGCGGGGUCGGGUAGCAUCUCUGUGGGCUUUGCAAAGGCCAUUCCCGAAGGCCGGGUCAUCGCCGUUGACUUGAACGAGGGCAUCCUCCCUCGGGCGAGGUUACUUGCCGAGGAGGCUGGCGUCACCAACAUUGAAUUACGACAAGCCGAUGUGUUCAAGCUGCCUUUCGAGGAUGCAUCUUUCGACAUCACCCACUGUCAUCAGGUCUUGACUCACGUCAGAACGGCUCCCGAUGCACUUCGCGAAAUGUUACGUGUCACCAAGCCAGGCGGGUUCGUCGCUGCUCGGGAGGGAGAUCUCGAUACCGAGUGUAUCUGGCCGACAAUGCCUGCUUUACUCAAGUUUCAUGACCUCACGGUAACUUUCAUGCAAGCGGCGGGAGGCGUAAGUUCAGCAGGACGACAGCUGCUCUCUUGGGCUCUCGACGCUGGUGCAGAGCGUGAACGAGUCACAGCAAGUUUCAGCACUUGGACGUACAGUACACCACAAGAGAAAGAGACUUGGGCCCGCGCCAUGACGGAGUAUCUUCGGGGUGGUCGUAUGCGAGCUGCGAUAUUAGCAAAGGGACUAGCAGAGGAAGCUGAGAUUGAUGAAAUGGCUGAGGCUUGGGAAGAUUGGGCCACCCAAGAUGAUGCGAUUCUAGCAAUGAUGCAGGGAGAGAUAAUCAUCCAAAAGUGAGCUCGAGCUCUU